GUCUGUGUCCGAAUGGGUACCAGAAACAUGACAUGUCUUGUUACAAAAUGAUCAGAACAUUUGCAACAUGGGCUGAAGCAACCAUAUACUGCAGAGCAAUGGGAUCAGAACUGGCAAAUUUAGAGACAGCAGUAGAGGAUCAUUUCGUACAUGGAAUGUUACAAAACCUGGGAGGUAGUUAUGAUCCACCGAAGUUUUGGCUUGGUGGAAACGAUAUUGUAACUGAGAAUGAAUGGAUGUGGGCUAAAACUCAUACCAAAUUUACCUACACAAACUGGGCAUCAGGUCAACCUGACAAUGGACAAGGAGAAAACUGCUUAGAACUUUCCAAGAAUGUGGGUUGGAACUGGAAUGAUGAAACCUGUGAACACAGAAAAUAUUUUAUAUGUGAAAGACCAUCUGAAGAAAUUGAUGGUGGUGAAAUUAUUGGAUAA